CCGGCUAUUGACAAAAUCCACUAGAUCAAAGAAACUCUUCUGUGUUGUUUUUGUAGGCGAGAUCGGUCUCGCUGAGGGGGAUGUAGGUUGGUACGACUUCUUUGUAUGUGCUGGGAUAGACUUUCCACGGUAGAUGGAUUUCCGAUGGUGGAUAGAGGGAACUCGUUACAGCUCACUGCACUCAAAAAGUCUAGUGGACAUAGUAUGCCAUCCUCUUCUAUAUCAACCUUCUUUGCCAUUGCAUUGCUGUUUUAUUACCUAGUUGACAGGUUUCCUACCCCGACAACUUGGGUCCCUUACAGGAUAUCCAACAAAUGUCUGCAAUAGUAUGAAAUUCGCUUAUUUACCUUGUUCCAGAUCCAGGUAACAGUUAUGAAGCUGAUAUAUCC